AUGGGACAGUCAAAGCUGCGCGCAGGGCGGGGGCGCAGAUAUGAUGCACGCAUCACCAGGGCGUUUGAGCAGUACUCGGAGCGAACUGGGAAAAGUGGCGUGUGGGGCUGCUUCAGCACGAUACAACUGGAUAAAUUUGGAGUGCGCAGCGCUCUGCUGCAAGCCACGGUGGCCCUGAGAACGCGGCUGCUGCACAUGCCCUACGGCGACCAGGCCAUCUUUGUGAGGGGCCAUGCCUUCAGGGAGAUUGGAGGCUUCAAGGAGUUGCCACUCCUGGAAGACGUAGACCUUGUGAGGCGGCUGCGCGCCCGUUACGGCGCGCCAGUGAUUGUCCCAGGGGCCGUGAUGACCUCAGCGCGGCGCUGGGACCGGCUGGGAUUUGUCACCACCACACUGCUAAAUCAGGCGAUACUGGCUGCCUGGGCCGUGGGAACGCCCCCUGACGUCCUGGCCUCUUGGUACUACGGCGCCAAGCAAUUGUCGACACGUCAGAGGAAGUAAUUCUGGUAUAGUGCAUGAACGCAUGAAUGCUAUGGUAUGAUGUGGUCAGUGAAAUUGUUGUGCUUGGUCCAGUGCAGAAGGUCUCUGCUGCCAUUCUGCUGCUUCUGUUGUACAACUGCAGUCAAUGUUAAUGCUGUAAACAGGGCACUUCUGAAGUUGAUGAUUCUUGGCAUGUAAGCUGCUUUACA